AGUUUGACUUCGAAGAAGGACGAGUUAGGACGGAGUGAUUGUGUCGAUGUCUGGAAAGGAAGCUUUUUAUUGCAUGCUUCCCACGAAUAAUCGUAAUUACUUGUACGUUUUCCGUGAAUGAUAAGCUAUCAAAGCGAAUUAAACAUCAAUAAAAAAGUGAUUGAAACUCCGUUGUACACUUAAAUUGGGUUUAAAUAUUUACUCACAUUCCCCCGGAAGCUAUUUAAUUUUACACCCUUCCACGUUCACGCGGACUUCCAGUGAUGUUGAUGACGGUAUAAAGUGAAUUUUGUGCCAGACACUCAGAUUUUCAUCCGUUCACUAAAUUCCUCACAGUUGAAUUGUUCAGACAAGAGGUAGUAAGUGCUACUAGGAAAAAACUAAAACGCAGUGUUGAGAUUAAUACAACGAUUUACUAGUGUGAUUAUAGUCUGAAUUCACACAUGUGCUGCUAAUUUGGGUAUUAAAAGAAGGACUUUAGCAAUUGACAAACCUGUGAAUCAUGUUGCUGUUGAAUAUCAUCAAAUAUGCACUCAUCACUCUCAAUAUUUUGCCUUACCGAUUUACACAUAGGCGAGUUCUUUUCAUCAUCUACUUAGCCACUCUGGUUACGCACGUGAUGCUGGACGAACCCAGAUUUGCUCAGCCAAUUCCCAACGUGACUGUUGCCGUUGGUCGUGACGCCAAUUUACCCUGUGUCGUUGAACAUCUCGGAACCUACAAGGUUGCGUGGAUCCACAUUGACAGGCAAAUGAUACUGACAAUUCACCGCCAUGUGAUUUCCCGCAUUCCUCGGUACAGCAUAACAUACGACAAUGCCAAUACGUGGUUGCUUCAUGUGAGUCAGGCGCAACAGGAUGAUCGUGGUUAUUACAUGUGUCAAGUGAACACGAACCCCAUGAUAAGUCAAGUGGGGUAUCUCCAAGUUGUGGUUCCACCAAAUAUCCUCGACAUCGAAAGUACUCCCUCUUCUGUAGCCGUACGUGAAAAUCAGAGCAUCAACAUGACAUGUCGCGCCGACGGAUUUCCCACACCAAAAAUCAUCUGGCGCCGAGAGGAUGGUCAAUCGAUUACGGUUGAACGAAAAAAGAAGGUCAUGGUGUACGAUGGGGAGCAAUUACAGCUCAUUAAAGUGAGUCGCAAUGAGAUGGGUGCCUACCUAUGCAUUGCUACCAAUGGGGUACCCCCUUCCGUGUCUAAAAGGAUUAUAUUAGAUGUCGAGUUUUCACCAAUGAUCUGGGUUCCUAAUCAACUGGUAGGAGCACCGGCUGGAACGGAUGUCACCAUUGAUUGCCAUACAGAGGCUCAUCCGCGUGCUAUUAUCUAUUGGGUGUACAAUUCUGUUAUGGUGCUUCCCAGUAAAAAGUACCUAAUCGAUUACACAGAAAACUCAUAUCGAGCACACAUGAAGCUGACAAUCAAGAACAUCCAGCAUAGUGAUUUCGGCAAUUACAGAUGCAUAUCGAAGAAUUCAUUGGGCGAAACGGAGGGAUCAAUACGAGUUUAUGAAAUACCACAACCAUCAUCACCAUCAAAGCAAAUAACACACGUGGUGUCGGCAGAGCCAAAAGAGACUCCCGCACUCCGCAAUGACUCCUCGCGAGUCAUACAGCCAGAAGUGGUGUUCUCCAUGAGGACACCAGACACCAGUCACGGAUCAGCUAGUACGGUAACGGGUGAUCGGAAAGGAACUGUAGCGAUCGGACAGAGUGUCUUCUACACUGAUUUCCCACCCAAUGAAUAUGGUCACUCAUCUAGUACCAACAUAGCAGAAAUCAACUGCAUCCUCAGCUACAUAUCAUUUCUCCUGUUUACACUCCUGCCACCCCGAAUACUUUUCUAUAUUUGUUGAGUAAGUUAAUAAUAAAAUCGAUCGUUUCCGGAUCAACUACAUCGUAAUUGCACAUAAAUAAAAAAAAACUAAUAAAAAGCCAAUCAGUAUUACAAUUUAAACAUUUUGAGAUAAAUUAAUACUUUCCAUUUGACAAUAUUUUUUUAAGUGUAUACUUUUUAAUUAGGUUUUCUUUUAAUAAGUUUUAUCUCAGAGUAUACCCACAGAAUAUAAAAUACCUCUCAGUUUACAUGUUAUACUGAAAAAAAUUUACAUUUAUUGUUAUUAUGAAAUAAGGCAAUGUCUUCGAAGAAACAAUUACUCAUACUUCCCAGAACUUAUUCUGAAAAUUUAUAUCGAAUCAAUUUACAUAUCUCAUCAACUUGCUAAACGUGUGCAAGUUUUGGCUUAAGGAUACAAGAGGUGGAGCAUCAUUAACUUUUCCCUGUAUUUUGAGUACAAUGCAGCUUACACCGAAAAAAUAUUUUGUAAAAUUGUUUGUAAAUGUUUGUGAAUUUCUACUGGGCACUUACGAAAUACUCGUGAAUUGCAUAACCCACAAAAAAGUACGUAAAAGUUUGUAAUUUUACACAUACCUUGUUCGUGGCAUGAGCACUUAACGAGCAUUGUUUGUUCUUUUACAAACAUUUUAUCGUACAUUCUUGUUUUUCUGACAAAACUCUA